GUUGGAUUCUAAGAACAAGUCGUGGUCGGCCUAUAGGGGUGCCGGGACGGUCUGAGGGCUCUCCGUGGGACUCCUGGUCGCCACGGCUGGAUUCCGCACCGAUGUUCCGCUGCGGGCCCAGGGCACCUGGCAACUUGACCGACCUUCACAGGCGAGCCAGGGCCCAUAACAUUUCCAAGGGGACUGCGACUUUGGUGCUGAAGAUACCUCGACCGCACCUGGAGCUGGCGUUUGUCCGGCUGGGGGCACGGAGUAAAAUGAAGGUACCUCAACAAGAUGGCCGAGCACAUGAGACGUCUUCGAGCCACUAGGCAACUGCACGAUCACCGGCAAUGUCGACAUCGAACGAACAUCCGAGGCAAUGUGUGUCCAGAUGUCGAUUGAAGGACAUGGGCAGCAUUCUUGCGAACUUCCGCAGUGGGCAUACGCUCAUUCUGGUUUCGACGAAGGCUCUAGAGGAGGGCAUCGACGCCUGUGACUGCGGCUAGGUGGUCCCGCUUCGAAAAGUUUAACUUCAUUAAGCGUCACAUCCAGGGCAGUGGCCAGGCACGCAGCAGCGCAGCGCGUAUCUAUUAUUUUGACAAUCGGGGAGCCGGACGAGCAGCGCAUUCACGUUUGGAACUGGUCGGAGGUCGUGUACGAUUGGUGCCAACAAGUAUUGGGCUAGGCUUUUGACUGGGAGCGCAUCGUGCUCCGCGCGGUUGAAGUGCCCACGGUUGUUGGCAUUUGGUCCGCAACCGCCCAUGCGGUUGACAAGCAUUGGGGUACGAUCACCCUGAAGAUGGUGGUUGAGAAUUUCAGGCUGAACACGUCGCCACGAGUGAAGCGAGCGAGACGAUGCGCGUUUCUUGUCAGUCGUUAUGAUGUUGCGCAAGGGGUAUAUGCUUACGCGGAUGAAUGUGCCGUGGACGAAGGAUGUGAUGCUUGCCAAGUCGGCUUGCGCGAGCACAGCACCGCAGCAGAUGAAGUUGGCCAUGACUGGAUACUUUGGUCGUGACGAUCCUACAGUCAAGAGUGACAAUGUCAAUGCCGCUUUGCAGAAGACAAUAAAGAGUACGCUGGGAUGCGGUGGCAUCAUGGCCGACGGUGGCUGGAAAACGACCUUGAGAGCGGUGCCAACGGGGCAGGCGUUCGAAGGUGGCCCUUGCCCAAACGGAAAGCGAUGCCGAGCAUUUGCCGACAAGGCGUACGCUAAGUUGCGCGCCGAGUCGUGACGGCCCCAGAUGCCGCAGGCAACGACGCGUCGAGCGGAGUUUCCGCAUCCGCAGUUGCGCCCGCGCCGCUGGCAUUACUUUCCACGUGUCCACGGGGGAA